AUGUUAGGCAAUGUAAAAACAAUUUCCGGACAGUUCAAAAAGCUGGACCUAUGUUCCGAACAUCGUUUGAACCCGCGUGAUCUACGAAAGAUUGACUCUAGGAUACCCAACCUCGUUCCCACCAUCCUAGUGCGGAAAGAGGCCAUCCUGGUGAACAUGUUACAUAUUCGUGCUCUCGUCAAAGCGGAUGCCGCCGUCCUAUUCGAUACGUAUGGUUCGGCUGAUUCCAGGUUGCACUCCGUGUUCCUGUAUCAUCUUGAGCACAAUCUGCGAGCAAAAAGCCAAGGUCCACCAUAUGAAUUCCGUGCCCUGGAAUCUAUUCUCCUUUCGGUCCUGAGCGCCUUGGAGGCCGAGAUGGUCUUCAUACGUAAUCUGGUCGGUGGUCUCCUAGCAGAGCUAGAGGAUGAUAUCGACCGUGACAAAUUCAAACGUUUGCUCCAUUACUCCAGAAGACUUACCAGCUUCCAGAACCGAGCUAAGCUGGCGACUGAUUAUGUGCGAUUGCGUCCCACAGACGAAGACUUGGCAGCCAUGUAUCUCACCGACAAGAGAAAUGGUCAGCCCAGAUUACUCAACGACCACGAGGAAUUGGAGAUGCUCCUAGAGUCCUUCGCCAAACAAGUGGAAGAAAUUGUCAACGAAGCGGAAAACAUUCACAGUAACGUGCAAUCGACGCAAGAGAUUGUCGAGCUUAUCCUGGACUCUAAUAGAAACGCCCUUCUCGCUCUCGACCUAAGAGUUUCCAUCGUCACGAUGGGAAUCGGCGUCGGGACGUUGGUGGCUGGCUUGUUUGGUAUGAACUUGAGGAGCCACAUCGAGGAGAGCGAAUACGCCUUCGUCAUAAUGUCAGGCGUGUCCAUGUUAAUCGCCGCCGUCUUCUCUUGGAGGGGACUGACCAGGUACGCUUGA